AUGUCACAACCACCGAAUCUCACCUUCUCGACCUUUCCCGCACCCAGCAAAUCAAGCAGCAACACAAUCGCCGGCAUACCCACCCAAAUAACCGCCCUAAACUUUGCCGACAAGCUCGUCCUCACAAUCUCGCAAUCCGGCCGCUCGAACCACUGGCUCCACGUUCCUCUUGCUGGAGGCCGUCCNCUCGACAACGGUUUCCUGAAUCCAUCUUCCGAGACAGACGUCGAUGCGAGUUUACUGCCAUUUGCGCAUCUGACAGCAACCACCGUGUUAGGAGGUACGAGGGGAGAAUUUGAGGUGCUGGGUCAGACGCUGGCGACGACGCUGGCAACGGCGCUGUUGAUGAGGAAUCCGGAGGAGCAAAGGAUGCUGGUCGUGGGACUGGGCUUGAAGAAGGCGGAUCAAGGAAGAGAGGCUUUUGACGAGUUGGUUGGCGCUUGCUUGGAGUGUUUGUGA